UCUAUCUAACCUCAAUCUUUAAACAUAACCUUUAAAAGUAAACACUCCGUUCAAUUCAAUAUGAAUAAAAAAUGGGAAGAAUUAAACGUUCUCUUACACGAAGAUGUGAAACGUGCGAUAAAAUCCUUCCAGUUUCCAACAAUGACACCCGUACAAGCUGCCACCAUCCCCCUUUUACUUGGGAAAAAAGAUGUCGCAGCACAAGCAGUUACGGGUUCUGGUAAAACUUUAGCGUUUCUAAUACCUCUAUUGGAAUUACUAAAGCGACACGAUGAUGAAGACAAGUUAAAACCGCACCAGGUUGGCGCUAUCGUCAUUUCACCCACACGCGAAUUGGCUUUGCAGACGUAUUCGGUCCUAAAGCAGUUUCUCAAACACAUAAAAGGAAUCAGAGAUGUCCUUUUGGUCGGUGGAAAUAACGUCGACGAGGACAUACAAAAUAUUGAAAAAAACGGUUGCAAUGUCUUAAUAUGCACACCCGGCCGUCUUGAAGAUCUGCUAACGAAUCAACAGCACAAGCUGAACCUAGCACAAGCGGUGAAAUCUGUGGAGCUGCUAAUUUUGGACGAAGCCGACCGGCUGCUCGACUUAGGAUUUAAAAGCACGAUCGACAACAUUCUGAACUAUCUUCCCAAGCAGCGGCGAACCGGUCUAUUCUCGGCGACGCAAACGAAAGAGCUGGACGUUUUAAUCCGCGCCGGAUUACGCAACCCUGUCUCGAUCACGGUCACAGAAAAGGCGUCGCAAAGCACGCCCGUCUCCCUCAAGAAUUUUUACGUCACGACGAAAAACAACGGCAAACUGGCAACUCUGUUGUCUUUCCUCGAGGCCGACAACGUCCAGAAGGGACUGCUCUUCGUGCCGACGUGCGCCUGCGUCGAUUACUGGUCGCACGUACUCCCCGACUUGCACGCCUCGCUGCCCGUCUUUGCGAUACACGGCAAGAUGAAGGAGAAGCGGAAAAAGGUGUUGGGCGAUUUUAGUCAGGCCGAGCGAGGUCUGCUGAUAUGCACGGAUGUGUUGGCGCGCGGAAUCGAUAUUCCGCAGGUCGAUUGGGUGGUGCAGUGGGAUCCGCCGGCGAGCGCCGCCGCUUUCGUGCACAGGAUCGGGCGUACGGCACGUCAGGGUAACGAGGGUUCGGCGUUGAUUAUGCUGUACGAGUCGGAGGAGGCCUACGUUGAUUUCAUACGUCGCAAUCAGAAAGUCGAGGUUAAUGCAAUCGCGGAUUCUGCCACCGACGAGUUGGUUUCCGAGCUCUUGACCAAAUUGCGAAAGUUGCAAAUGGCCGAUCGCGACCUGUUCGAUAAAGGCACCCGUGCUUUCGUGUCUCACAUCCGUUCGUACUCCAAACACGAAUGCUCCCUGCUACUUCGAGUGAACGAAUUACCCCUGGCGGGAAUGGCGGCGAGCUACGGUCUGCUGCAGCUGCCCAAAAUGCCCGAGCUAAAGAACAGGGACCUGUCCGAGUUCCCCGCGAUGCCCGACUUCGACAUCAACAAGCUGGCCUACAGGAACAAGACGCGCGAGGAGCAGCGCAAGCUAAAGCUCGACAUUUACAAGGAGACAGGUAAAUGGCCGGGUAAACGGAAACCGAUCCGUGCCAAGCAGUCGGAGGCGUGGUCCAAAGCCAAGGAGCAAAAGGAGCUGAAACGGUUGAAGCGAAUGAAGCGUAAACAAGCGAAGGUGGAACGAAAGGGCGAAGUCUCCGAUCGCAAGCGAAAAUCGGCGCUGAGCGAAGAAGAUAUGGCGGAAUUAGCGAAGGAUAUUGCUUUGAUUAAGAAAUUGAAGAAGAAGAAGAUUAGCAAUGAAGAGUUUGAUAAGGAGAUGGGGAUUGAAUAAACGUCUAAAACCCUA